AACAACCUGGGGAUCCUGUGGUCUCAGAGGGAUGAAAUUGAAACUGCACAAACGUACUUGGAAUCUGCAGAAGCCUUGUAUAAUCAAUACAUGAAAGAGGAUGGAAAUCCUCCCCUGGAUCCCAGUGAGCAUUUCAUGGCAGAAGAAGAGAAACUCACAGACCAAGAAAGAUCCAAAAGGUUUGAGAAGGCCUACACACACACUCUGUACUACCUGGCCCAAGUGUACCAGCACCUGGAGAUGAUUGAGAAGGCUGCUCAGUACUGCCACACCACGCUGAAGCGGCAGCUCGAGUACUGCGGCUACUACCCCGUGGAGUGGGCACGGAAUGCUGCCACCCUGUCCCAGUACUACCUGUCCAAGGAAUGCUUCAUGGAGGCUCGACACUGCCUAGCAGCAGCCAGUGUCAUCUUCAGCCAAGCUGGGCAAGUGCCAUCUGCUGAAGACUCAGAUGAAACAGAGCCAGACCAACAGGACCUUCCAGAGAGGAAAGCUGAAAUUGCAAGGUGUUGGAUCAAGUAUUGCCUGAAUCUUCUGCAAAGCGCUCGAAAAUUGCUUGAGGAUAACAUAGGAGAGCUGGAUCCAGACAGGCAAUUGGAGCUUAAGGCCCAGAGGAAAAAGGAAGAGGAUGAAAAGGAGAAGGGCAGGAAGAAAGCUGUCCUUUUUGGGACAAGUGACAUCUGUGACUCUGUCCUGGCCAUGGAGGAGAAAGUGAGCAGCGUUUAUCCCUUAGAUUUUCAAGAAGCCAGAGAAGUGUUCCUGGUUGGCCAGAACUAUGUUCAGGAGGCAAAGGAGUUCUUUCAGGUGGAUGGUUAUGUCACUGACCACAUUGAAAUUGUGCAGGAUCACAGUGCUCUGUUCAAGGUCCUUGCUUUCUUUGAAGAGGACUAUGAGAGGCGCUGCAAGAUGCACAAGCGUAGGAUAGACAUGCUGGAGCCCAUCUACACUGACCUGAACCCCCAGUACUACCUGCUGGUCCGCAGGCAGCUGCAGUGUGAGCUGGCUGACACCUACUAUGAGAUGAUGGAUCUCAAGGUGGCCAUUGGCAACAGGUUAGAGAAGCUAGAUUCACACACAGUUAAAAAAAUCAAUUCUCUGGCUCAGUUUGCAAUCAAAUACUAUGAGCUCUUCUUGGAUUCUUUGAGGAACCCUGAUAAGGUGUUUCCUGAAAAGCUGGAGGAAGAUGUUCUCCGCCCUGCCAUGGUGGCUAAAUUUCACAUUGCACGGCUCUAUGGUAAGCUCAUUACUUCAGAUAGCAAAAAGCAACUGGAAAACAUGCAGACAUCACUGGAGUAUUACACAUUUCUGGUAGACUAUUGUGAGAAGUAUCCAGAUGCUGUCCCUGCCGUUGAGACUGAACUAGAACUCAGUAAGGAGAUGGUGAAUCUUCUCCCAGCAAGCAUGGAGAGGCUGAGAGCAAAGGUGUCUUCAUUUGUGUAAAUGCUUGCCUGGGAGGCAGUGGCACAGCUCCCCAGUGAUUGAUAGAGGUCAGGGGCAUCACCCAGAGCCUGCACCAGUGUAACCCUGUGAACAGCUCUCCUGGUCCCUAGCCCACCCACACUAAUGGUGUCAACUCUAAAUGUAAAGUAAAAGUCCAGCUCAUGCUUUGUACUGUGUGUCCUAUAUGUAAAUAUGGACCUUUUCUCCCUCACAGCUUUUUCUUUGGUGUAUGGUUCAGUUUUUAAGUGUAGUGCUGUAUGAAAAUAGUUUCUUUUAAGAGAAUCUUCUUCUCUAAGAAAUUUUGUUCUUCUAAACCUGAAGCACGUUCUUCCAGCUAGAAAGCAUUUUAUCUCUUCUAAGGUUUGUCCCCAGAAAACUUUAUCAAUGUGAAGGGAACUUGUUUUCAGUAUUUAUUUUGUAUGUUGCUUGUUGUUCUUUUCCCUUGUUAAUCAAAACCCAGUUGAUAAAGACUCAAUAAAUGGACUAGCUUGGCUAAAUGUUUCUUCAGA